GUCAAAACUCAACAGCUAUUAACAAGCAGUUGUCACAGGUUACACGUAAAAAUAAAUGCAUACUUCUUAGUAUUUGAUUAUAAAUUUAUGAUACCAAAAAGGACCAUUAUUUCAGUCGCAUUAUAAAGUUUUAACAAUUAAAAAUGCAAGGCCCAGCAGUUUUUAUGGACAUAUCGCUAGAAGAUCAGGCUUUAGAACUCAGAAAGUAUUUCAAAAGCCUUGGUGCUGAAAUUUCUGAAGAAAAAUCUCCUAAGGGUAUUGAAGACGAUCUUCACAAAAUAGUAGGAGUUUGUGAUGCAUGUUUUAAAGAAAACAAUGAAGCUGAUAUUGAGGCCAUACUGAACAGUAUAGUGUCCAUCAUGGUGUCCAUACCUCUUGAGAGAGGGGAAAAUCUUAUCCUGGCGUUCAGUCAGAGACUCACUAAGUCCCCUGGACCUAAGCUGGGCAUGGUCGCUCUACAAUCGUUGUGGCGCCUCUACAACAAUUUAGAGUCCAACUCUCCUCUCCGUUAUCAUGUGUACUAUCACGUCAUUGAGCUAGCUGCCCGAGUGGGUUCUGUGGGUGAGGUGUUCAAGGGGGUGGAACAGCUGAAGAGAGAGUUCGCCACAUGCACACCAUCCAAUGAACAGAUGCAAAAACUCUACAGGUUACUCCAUCAAGCGUUACUGGGACAGAACAGCGAGCUGGCAGCCAAGGUCAUGAUAGAACUGCUUGGUACUUACACCGAUGAGAAUGCCUCAUAUGCCCGGGAGGAUGCCAUUAAAUGUAUAGUGACGGCCCUCGCCGACCCCAAUACCUACCUCCUGGACCCACUGCUAGCCUUGAAACCUGUGCGCUUCCUGGAGGGAGAGCUGAUACAUGACUUGCUCAACAUCUUUGUGUCUGAAAAGUUAUCUAGCUAUUUGACCUUCUAUAAGAAUCACAAAGAGUUUGUUCAUUCUCAAGGUCUGAAUCACGACCAAAACGUGAAAAAAAUGAGAAUACUGACGUUCAUGCAGAUGGCAGAGACAAACCCGGAGAUCUCUUUCGACGAGAUCAUAUCAGAGUUACAGAUAGAAGAAAGGAAUGUGGAGGAGUUUAUUAUAGAAGUGUUGAAGACGCGCCUGGUCCGCGCCCGGAUGGACCAGUCGUCCCGUGCCGUGCGCGUGUCCAGUACAAUGCACCGUACGUUCGGGCGCGCCCAGUGGCUGGCUCUGCGCGACGUCCUCUUGUCCUGGCGCUCCAACGUCCACCAGGCCCACGAGUCCAUGAAGUCCGUGGCCGCCGCUCAGUUGGAAUACGCCUCGCAGUCUCCCAAACCCUGAAACCAUUUCGCCUUUUGAUACAAUAUAUAUAUUUAAAAA